GAAAGCGGCUGCUUGUCGCCGGCGCUCCGUGCACGCCCUUCUCUGCGAGGGGCCGACGGCGCAAGACCAAGGACCCCGUUUUUUCGACCCACAAGGCAAUGUACGAGAAGAUCAAGAACCACUUUGAUGCUGCGAUCCUGGAGAACGUGCCCGAGUACAAGCCGGCUCUGGCCCGAAAGAUGCUGCCGCCUUGCUGGCAUGUGACUUCGAUGCGGCUGGACCCGCGUGCGUUCGGGUUUGGGGCUGCCAGGCCGCGUGUGUACAUCCUGAUGUACAACACAGCGGUUCUGAAGUGGGAUGAAGGGUGUGCCGACUUCAAGGAGCUCCUGCUUGAGCUUGGGGCCCGACCGCAGAUGACGGCAGGCGACUACUUGUGGGACGGGGCUCCCGUACGGCGCGCGCUGUCCGACGCACAGGUCCGAAACAAGCAGCUUUACGAGAAGAACUACCCCCGCCUGAGGGUCUACGACCUGAGCCAAAACGGGGCAACGAGAUUCGGCCGCGGCAACACCCGUGAAGGCAGUCUGUCCACCCUGACUCGCAACUCCGGAGCGUUCUACGACAAGGCCCGACGUCGCUUACUCAGCGGCCGUGAGCUGUAUGCUUCGUUGGUCCUGCCAACGAUCCCAGCACACGCGACAAAGGCCAAAGCGCCGAGGUACAAGACAGAACUCUGGUCCGAGCAAAAGCUCGCCGAGACAGCUGGCAACAGCAUGAGUGUUCCUUGCGUGGGAGGGAGCUUGCUCGUGUCGCUGAUGGGCCUGCGG